AGCAGCUGCAUGUGGAGGAGCGGAGACGCGAACCCGGUUCACCAGAUUACGAGUCUACUGCUCUUAACCACUACACCACACUGGCUCUUCAGCAUCUUCAGUGUCAGGGGGCUCUACCUAUUCAUCUGGAUCUUCAGUCAUCAGGAGGUCUCAGUCCUCAAUGGGGAAUUUAUUUAUAGAGUUACACCAAGUCAGACCAGUGGUCCAUCUACCUUAGUUUUGCCUGCACUGACUGGCAGCAGCUCUCUUGGGUUUCAGAGAGGAAUCUCUCCCAGCCCUACCUGGAAAUGAACCUAGGACCUUCUGUAUGCAAAGCAGAUGCUCAACCACUGAGUUAGGGGCCUUCCCCAUAGGACUGGGGAUGCCCAUGGCAUUUCUUCAAAAUAAAAUCAGUCAGUGUGAGCAUGCAUUAAAAAAAUGUUGCUUGUCAUAACACGUAGGGCCUUAUUUUGUACUGUGGCUGUUCUACAUGGACCUCAUUCAAUAUGCUGACUAAUAUGCUUUGGAGUUUGUGCUUGUAGAUGAUAAAAAGGAUGAAACUUUCAUGGGGCAGACUUUCCCCGCAGGAGAGUUAAUGCUUGAUGUGCUAACAGUUCUGUUUACACUGCUGGCAACGUUGCUGAAAGCCAGUCCCCCUGCUGCUGCCAAUCAGAGCCUCUCGCAAAGUGAAUGCCUUGUGUGCCUAUUGCAUCAGGUUGUCUGACAUCAGCCAUAAAAUUUCUGGGGGGAAAGGGAGUGUUUGAACCAGUAUGGAAUCCAGCUACAUUGAAGAAAGCAAGGCCCAGAAUGAUGCAAUCUCCUUGAUUUUCUCCCUCAAAGAAGAAGUUGGAGCUUUGGCUAAAGUGCUGCGCAUAUUUGAGGAGAAGGGUAUAAACCUGAUCCACAUUGAAUCCAGACCUUCCCGGCUGAACAAAGAUGAGUACGAAUUUUUCAUCAAUCUGGAAGGCAAGAACAUCCCAGCUCUUGAGGGAAUCAUUCAUACACUGAGAGACGACAUUGGAGCAAAUGUCCACGAGCUUUCACGUGAAAAGAGGAAGGAUGCUGUUCCAUGGUUCCCGAGAACGAUUAAAGAACUGGAUAGAUUUGCCAAUCAAAUUCUCAGCUACGGAGCAGAACUGGAUGCCGACCACCCCGGUUUCAAAGAUCCUGUUUAUCGGGCCAGAAGAAAGGAAUUUGCAGAUAUAGCUUACAACUACAGACAUGGGCAGCCAAUCCCCAGAGUGACAUACACCGAGGAAGAGAAGAGAACAUGGGGAACAGUCUUCAGGGAGCUGAAGACCCUGUAUCCCACCCACGCUUGUUAUGAACACAAUCAUGUCUUCCCUCUCCUGGAGAAAUACUGUGGCUAUGAAGAAGACAACAUCCCACAGCUGGAAGAUGUCUCAAACUUCUUGAAAAGCUGCACUGGAUUCCGCCUGCGUCCUGUAGCUGGCCUGCUGUCUUCCCGGGAUUUCUUGGCUGGCUUGGCGUUCAGGGUGUUUCACUCUACUCAAUACAUCCGCCAUUCAUCGCGGCCAAUGUACACGCCAGAACCUGAUGUUUGCCACGAACUCCUAGGACAUGUCCCUCUGUUUGCUGAUCCCAGCUUUGCUCAGUUUUCUCAAGAAAUCGGAUUGGCUUCUCUGGGUGCUCCAGAUGAAUACAUUGAGAAACUUGCUACGGUUUAUUGGUUUACUGUGGAAUUUGGACUGUGUAAAGAGGGCAAUGAGAUAAAGGCAUACGGAGCAGGGCUGCUGUCGUCAUUUGGAGAAUUACAGUAUUGCUUAUCAAAUAAGCCUGCCAUUGAACCUCUCAAUUUGGAAAGGACAGCAGUUCAAAAAUAUCCUGUCACUGAAUUCCAGCCCAUUUACUAUGUUGCUGAAAGUUUCAAAGAUGCAAAGCAAAAGUUAAGGAAAUAUGCCUCAACAAUUUCCCGUCCGUUCUCCGUCCGUUACAACCCGUACACUGAGCGGAUUGAAGUUCUGGACAACACAAAGCAGCUCAAGAAUUUAGCUGAUGCCAUCAGCAAUGAGUUGGGACUUCUUUGCAACGCUCUCCAGAAGAUCAAGUGAAGAUGCUCUCAGGUGCCUUUUGGUGGCUCCAAGAGCCAUGGGGGAUGGGACUGGACAGUGAAACAAAUAUCAAACUUUUAAAAAACAAAUAAAGAAAGUCUACCAAUAACUAAUAGCAUGUAGAAAUGUGAUACAUAUUUAAUGUGCUUGUCAUCGCAGUUAUAAUAAAGGCAGGUGAUAGUGUAGAUGUCUGUAAUCUCCAUUUAUAUCAUAUGUCACAUGUAGAAGGUCUCAGCAAGUUCCCCUGCAAAAAUCCACAGCCAUGAAUCUCAUGGGAGGUUUUAUGGGGGCUUGGGGUUGGCUCCUGAAGAGAAAUGGGAAGAGCUUUGAGAUAGAGUGGGACAACCUAGGAGAGGAUCCUAGCAGGAUGUGGGAGGUGAAACUGGGACCCUAAGAAGUGUCUGAGCCUGGGGAGGGGGCCAGUGGUCUAGGGAGCGGAGAGCUGGCUCCAGUGGCUGAGUGGGUUAACAGAAGAAUGUUUCCACCCUGUGCCAUUGGACACCACUAGUACAUAAGAACAUAAAGGUAAAGGGACCCCCCUGACCAUUAGGUCCAG